CCGGGGGCGGUUCUGUCCGUCAUGGCGGCGCUCAGUGUGUUCAGGUCGGGGCUGUUUAACGGCAGGGUGGCGAUAGUGACCGGAGGAGCGACCGGGAUCGGGAAGGCCAUCACUGCCGAACUGCUGCAGCUGGGAUGUCGUGUGGUGAUUGCAUCCAGGAAGUCAGAGCGUCUGGAAGCUGCAGCGGAUGAACUCUCCCAGCUGAUCAGUGCCUCGAGUGCAGCCUCCAUCACAGCGCUGCGCUGUAACAUCCGCCAUGAGGACGAGGUGAGGAAUCUGGUGGCGUCGACGCUGCGUCUUCACGGCAGGAUCGAUUACCUGGUGAAUAACGGCGGAGGGCAGUUUAGCAGCCCCGCGGCUCACAUCAGCGUGAAGGGCUGGAACGCCGUGAUUGACACCAACCUGACCGGAACAUUCCUCUGCUGCAGAGAGGUGUACAGCGCAUGGAUGAAGGAUCACGGUGGCGUCAUUGUUAACAUCAUUGCUGACAUGUGGAGGGGGUUUCCUGGCAUGUCACACACAGGGGCAGCGAGAGCUGCAGUGGAGAAUCUGACAAAAACUUUAGCCAUUGAGUGGGCGAGCAGCGGCGUGCGGAUCAACUCCAUCGCUCCGGGAACGAUCUUCUCCAGGACAGCGAUGGAGAAUUAUAAAGAUCUCGGGCCCAUGUUGUUCCAGAAGGCUAUUCCAUGUAUUCCUGCAAAACGCCUGGGCUUUCCAGAGGAGAUUUCUCCAGCUGUAUGUUUCCUGCUGUCUCCAGCAGCGUCCUUUAUCUCAGGAGCCACUCUGAAGGUGGACGCGGGACAGAGCCUGUACGACUCCGUGUGGGAAAUCCCAGAUCACAGUGCCUGGCCCGAGCCUCCAGAAGGAGAGAAUGUCCGCGCUCUGAGAGAGGUGAUGAAGCUCAAACCCAAACUGUGAUGUGGAGUGACU